UAAACAUCAGUCCGCAUUCGUACCAGGAAGUCAGAGUAGCUGCUCAACCGAGACAGGAUAGAGAGGAGAAGAGCUCAUAACAAUCUACCACCUCUGCGACACCUCCCCCACUGGUCCCGAGUUGGUACCCUGGACAAGAGACUGCAGCGCCCCAAAGAGUGCGUCCCCAAUGCCCCCCACCUGGGCGGGAAGGCCAAGGGACCAGCGGUGCGCCAGGACGUCGACAUGAGCCGGAUCGCCUCGCUGGAGAAGGACGUGGUCUUCCUGCAACAGCAGCACCGGGACACACUGGGGAAACUACACAAGGAAAUAGAUGUGCUGAAGCGCCUCAAUAAAGAGCUGCAGUAUAAACUGAUCAUGGGGCCUAAUCAGCAGCAGCCCAGACGAGAGAGUGGUUCCUCCCCCACUCCACUAGAGGGCAUCAGUGAUAGUGAGCAGCUCCCCGCGCAGCAGGGCCCUGACAGACACCCACACGAGCCGCGCAGUCUGGACGUGGCCCCGGGCGUGUGUGGUGUUGGAGGGCCCCCCCCCAGUAACCCCCCUGUGGGCCCCCUGAUCUCGCUGAGCCCCCUGCGCGUCCACAAUGGGGGCCCCACGCCCCCCCGGCCCCCCACCCUGCGCGAGUGUGAGGCCAUCAUACAACAGCUGUGUCACGCCAACAAACUGCAGGCACACGAGCUGAGCCACCUGAAGGGAGCGUUGAGAGGGAUGGUGAUGAACCACGAAGUACCAGCUGAGGCCAGAAGCACACACCUCUACAUGGAGCGCAGCGGGGAUGCUUCAGAGAAGUUCCCAAAGAUCCCUCAGAGGGCUGCAGCUCCCAGAAGGCUUCCGCAGGGCAGCGGUGCUGAUCGUGUGGUUCUGCCGUCUAUUCGUCCGAGCUGCAGCAGCCUGACGCAGAGACAACGCCGAGCACAAGACACACACAAGACACGCCUACGCAAACCUGUCAACUCAUAAACACACACACACACACACACACACACACACACACACACACACACACACACACACACACACACACACACACACAAGACACACCUACGCAAACCUGUCAACUCAUAAACACACACACACACACACACACACAGGACACACACACACACACACACACACACACACACACACACACACACACACACACACACACACACACACACACACACACUUUUUUGCCCAGGCAAACCAUCUCCAAUAGGGGUGGGUGAUUAUUUUGGUACAAGAGUGAUGUGUGUGUGUUAGAAUGCUGACCAAAGCCAGAUGUUGCAGGCUAGUUGCCUGUAUCAAUAAUAAGAAAUAAAAUGCACUGAUACACUCUAA